UGAUGACGCGUUAGCCCAGAAACCCCACUUGAGGUAGCGUCUCCAGGAGCCUCUAUAAAUGUACAGAUGUAGUGGGUCCCCCGUCUGCAGCUUCCCACUGCUAUCAGGAAGAGGCUGUGGUGGUUCUAAUAUCCCCAAACCAAAACUACGGAUUGUCUAGAACAAUCUGGAAAGGGGUUAAAUGCACCUGGGCCUCUUGGGCUGCAGCCCGGAGGCUGGGUCAUGUGGUUGGAGAGGGGGCUGAGGCGGGGGCUGAGACAGGGGCUGAGACCGCCCGGGUGGCCUGGACACGCCCACGUCAAGGUUCUGAGCCUAUCACAGGCCCUGUGGAACCACCGUGUCCCCAGAGGUUUAUGGGAGCCUCCAGGGCGGAGGGCUGGGAUCCAGAGGUGGGGUGCUCAGCUCUGGGUGUCAACCCGGCCAAACGUAGACCUACUGGGCACCCUUCAGACAUGCUGGUGGUGGCUGGGGGUCUGUGCUUCUAUGAGGAUUGGGGAAACUGUCUCCCAGGCCACUCAGGACUCCUGUGAGAAGCUUGGUGGCACGUGUCCUCAGCCCUGGCUUCGUAGAUGAAGAGGUGGGUUCCAGCCAUCUGGACAGGUUGGGGUAGCCUUGGUGCUGUCCUCCUUUCUCUGCUGGCCAUGCCCAGCCCUGGCCUGUCUCGGUCCAGGCCUUCCCCUGUGCCCUGCACUCUAUCUUCCCAGCUCCAGGCACCUGGCGCUCUCACACUGUGGGAGUGGCUUGGGCAGGUCCCCAAGGCCUGUCCCACCCACCCUGCCCUGCCGCCUCCCAUCUGCCCUGUGGCGGCUAUCGGGUAACCAGAGCCGGCAAGCUUCAUCCACGUCUGAAACAGGAAGCCCCGGCCUGUGCAUGAGUCACCGCCGAGAGCCCAGGCCAGAGGAUGGAGGAGCAGCAGGCACUUGUGGCCGCCAAGGACGGGGAUGUGGCAGCACUGGAGCGGCUGCUGGAGGCUGGCGCCCUGGGCCCAGGCAUCACUGAUGCUCUGGGGGCCGGCCUGGUUCACCACGCCACCCGGGCUGGCCACCUGGACUGCGUCAAGUUUCUGGUGCAGCGGGCCCAGCUGCCUGGCAACCAGCGGGCCCACAACGGCGCCACCCCAGCGCAUGAUGCCGCCGCCACGGGCAGCCUGGCUGAGCUGUGCUGGCUGGUCCGAGAGGGGGGCUGUGGUCUGCAGGACCAAGAUGCCUCGGGUGUCUCCCCGCUGCACCUGGCCGCCCGCUUUGGACACCCAGUGCUGGUGGAGUGGCUGCUCCACGAGGGCCACUCAGCCACGCUGGAGACCCGGGAGGGGGCCCUGCCCCUGCACCACGCUGCCGUCAGUGGGGACCUGACCUGCCUGAAGCUCCUGACGGCGGCACACGGCAGCGGUGUGAACCGGCGGACGCUCAGCGGCGCCUCUCCUCUCUACCUGGCCUGCCAGGAGGGCCACCUGCACCUGGCGCAGUUCCUGGUGAAGGACUGUGGCGCCGACGUGCACCUUCGAGCUCUCGACGGCAUGAGCGCCCUGCACGCUGCUGCUGCCCGCGGCCACUACUCUCUCGUCGUCUGGCUGGUCACAUUCACUGACAUCGGACUCACAGCACGGGACAACGAGGGGGCCACGGCCCUGCAUUUUGCAGCCCGAGGCGGCCACACGCCCAUUCUAGACCGCCUCCUGCUGAUGGGCACCCCUGUCCUGAGAGACUCCUGGGGCGGGACCCCCCUCCACGACGCAGCAGAGAAUGGGCAGAUGGAGUGCUGCCAGACCCUGGUUUCCCACCAUGUGGACCCCUCCCUGCGGGAUGAAGAUGGUUACACAGCAGCGGACCUGGCAGAGUACCACGGACACCGGGACUGUGCCCAGUACCUGCGGGAGAUGGCCCAGCCGGUGCCCCUGCUGAUGACGCCACCACCGCCGCCAUUCCCCCCACCUCCACUGUUGGCCACGCACUCCCUGGAGGAUGGAAGAAGAGGAGGCCUGGGGCCUGGACACCCCACCCCUGUGUCCCUCCACCCUGCCUGGCCUGGCCAUCCUGACCAGCCUCUUCCCAGAGAGCAGAUGAGCAGCCCAGCCCCUCCGAGGAUCACCACCAAUGCCAGGAGCCACCCCGCGGGGACAGAGACGGUGCUGACGGGGGAUGCCCCAGAUGGCCUGGCCUCACUGCAACUGGAGGGGCUGCCCUCAGGCGACAUCGACGGGCUGGUGCCCACGCGGGAUGAGCGCGGCCGGCCCAUCCCCGAGUGGAAGCGGCAGGUAAUGGUGCGGAAGCUGCAGGCGCGCCUGGGCGCAGAGAGCGCUGCGGAGGCCCAGGAUGACGGUGGCAGCUCCCGCCCUGUGGAGCAAGCGUCCUGGAGGUACUCACAGACCCACCAGGCCAUCCUGGGCCCCUUUGGGGAGCUACUGACCGAGGACGACCUGGUCUACCUGGAGAAGCAGAUCGCGGACCUGCAGCUUCGGCGCCGCUGUCAGGAGUAUGAGAGUGAGCUGGGCCGGCUGGCGGCUGAGCUGCAGGCCCUGCUGCCGGAGCCCCUGGUCAGCAUCACGGUCAACAGCCACUUCCUGCCCCGGGCGCCCGGACUGGAGGCUGAGGAGGCCCCCAACCUAUCGGCUGAGUCCACGUGCUCUGCGGAGGCCUCAGAGGUGGCCCCCGGGGGGCAGCCCUUGCCCUUCUGGUGCAGCCACAUCUCCCGCCUGGUGCGAAGCCUGUCCCUGCUGUUGAAGGGAGUGCACGGGCUAGUGCAGGGGGAUGAGAAGCCAGCCACCCUGCCACUGAGGGACACCUGCGGGGAGGCCUCGGCCAGCCCCUCUUGGAGCGAGGCCCAGCGACAGAUCCAGGAGUGGGGGGUGUCUGUGCGGACGCUGCGGGGCAACUUCGAGUCGGCCUCCAGCCCGCUCUGUGGCUUCAACCCUGGCCCCUGUGAGCCGGGAGCCCAGCCCAGGCAGUGCCUGAGUGGCUGCUGGAAAGCCCUGCCUAAGCCCCGCAGUGUCCCAGCUUUGGGGCAGCCCAGGCCUGGUGACACAGAGGAGGCCAGCGACUCCGGCAUCAGCUGCGAGGAGGUGCCAUCGGAGGUGGGUGCCGCGGCCGGCCAGGACCCGGCCAGCCUGCGCAAGGAACGCAUCGUCAUGCUCUUCCUCAGCCACUGGAGGAGGUCGGCCUACACGCCGGCCCUCAAGACCGUGGCCUGCAGGACCCUAGAAGCCCGCCACACAGGCUCUCAGGGCCGGGAGGCCACCAGGAGCCCUGGGCCACCCUCUACGCCCAGCCAGGGCCCCCGGCUGGGCCACCUGUGGCAGCAGCGCAGCACCAUCACCCACCUGCUGGGCAACUGGAAGGCCAUCAUGGCUCACGUGCCCACCCGGCAGCUGCGGCGGCUGAGCCGGCGGCCCCGUGGGGCCCUGUCCCCCGAGCAGUUCCUGCCCCACGUGGAUGGGGCUCCCGUGCCCUACAGCAGCCUCUCACUGGACCUCUUCAUGCUGGGCUACUUCCAGCUCCUGGAGUGCGACCUGCCAGCUGAGGAGCGCAAGGCGCGCCACCUGCUCUGCUUCGAAGUCUUCGAGCACCUGGGCACCCAUGGCUGGGAGGCUGUGCGCACCUUCCACAAGGCCGUGACCGAUGAGGUGGCCACUGGCCGUCGGGCCUGGACUGAUGGCUUCGAGGACAUCAAAGCCCGCUUCUUUGGCUCAAGCCAGGGUCCCGCCUGGGACUCGGAGCCUGGCCGAAAGUCAGGACUGACACCGCUUGGGCCCCUGCCGCACGCUGCUGUCCCCUGCAGCGGCCCCAAGCCCACAUUACAGCGGCUGGGGACCCGCUCCCAGCGGGGCAGCUUCAACAGCGAGGACAUCUGCGGCUACAUCGACCGGAGCUUUGCCUUCUGGAAGGAGAAGGAAGCUGAGAUGUUCAACUUUGGAGAGUGACCCAGCCAGAGGGCAGCCUGCUUUUCAGAACAUGGUUUGGGGGUGAUUGGGGGUUUCUCUUUCCUUUUCCCUGAUUACUCCCUCGGUGGCCGGGUGAGCCAGGCAAAGCUGCUGGAUGUUCAGUGUGUGCAUGGCGGCCUCCAUCCUGCUGGUUAUCACAGGCUGCGAGACUGUUCUGUCACCUACUUCUCCUCUAAGCCAGGACUCAGACUCCUCACCACUGCGUCCAGAAAGCCCCUUGGCCCUGAAGUUAGGUGACAACCCACCCCAGCCCAGGACACCUCUGCUGGGCCAGCCCCCGGGACCUGUGAUGCUAUCUGUUUCCCACUUGUCCUUCCCCAGUGCCACCAGUUACCUGGCCGUCCUGUCCCUCAGUUUCUCUGGUGCCGAUGGCCUCAGCCACAUCCACCUUCCACAUAAGCCUGAGGUGGGCCCAGUCCCUGGUCCUACCCAUUUCUCCUGCUGACCUUGGGCCACACCCCUUCACCCCCCACAGAUUCCAUGGGCAGGACAGAUUCCAUGGGCAGGAGGCCUUCCUGCCAGACUGUCCCUGCUGGUCACACACCUACGCCCACCAGGCCAGGUGCUCACACCCCCAAGGUGCUCCAGAGGCCCAGCUCCCUCAAAGGAAGGCUCUCCAUGGGGCCCCUGUCCUCUAGCUGACUGCCCCGGCCUGGUCGUGGACCCCCGCAAGGCCGGAGAGCAGGGGUGUGGGAGUAGCAGUGGUCAGGAGGCCUCCAGGCAGGGUGGUCAGUACCCACUCUCAAAGGCUGCUGCAACAGAGGAGAAUGCCACCGGGGUGGCCACCAGCCAGACCUCGGUGGAGUGCGGCUACUUCAUGAGGGCACUUGGGUGUCACCCACAGCACACCUUUCCUCCACGGUGGCCUGGGUGCUGGCGGGAGGGACACAGAAAUGGAUUCCGCCCUUGGGGGCUCUGGGUGCUGCAGAGUAUCCCUUAAUGGGUGCUGGGCAUCAUUGGCACAGGGUGUGGCUCGUCCGCAGCUCCUGAUGGCAGCCAGGAGGAUGGAUCAUCACCGAGGCUGUGGGGCUGACGAGGGCUGGGCCCAAGCCCACAGAGACUUUGGGGGCAGGGCUCUGCAGCUGUAAGAUGGCCCAGCAGGCAGGGGCAGGGAGGGGAGGCUUCAGGUUCCCUGGGACAGAGGAGGGUGCAGUCAGGGACAAGCUUGUCAGGGGUCCCCACCUCACUCCCAGGGUUUGUCCGGGCAGAGCAUGGAGGGCAGCGGGCAAGCUGGUGGAUGGAAGAGAGACUCUUACGGCUGACUGGGGCCCAUGGGGAAGGACGCUCAAGAAGAUGUAAAAUUGAGAGGGGUGGUAUUGGCCAUCGGGGUGAGCAGGACCGGGAAGGGAACUAGCAAUGGCCCAGCCCCAGGCCCGUGGCUUUUCCCCCAGGGCCUGCUCUGUAGCCAGCCCCCUCCAGUUUCCUCCACUUCUGAGGACCCUGCCGCAGAGCUGAAGCCGAACAUGUGUUUGCUAAAUAAAGAUUCCCGUUCCUAG